AUGAUUACUGCACAAGAAAAGGAAAUUCUGGACUCCUAUCCACAAAUUUGUCCUCAAGGUUCUUUACCAGGUACUCCAGGUAAUUUAGACGAGGCUCAAAAGAGCGCACUGGAAGAAUUUAGAAGAGAAUUACAAAACGCUGGUUUUGUCCAACGUCUUGAUGAUGCUACUUUACUUCGUUUUUUAAGAGCUAGAAAAUUUGACGUCAAAUUAUCUAAAGAAAUGUUCGAAAACUGUGAAAAGUGGAGGAAAGAUUAUGGCACUGACACAAUUCUGGAAGAUUUCCAUUAUGAAGAAAAGCCAUUGGUUGCUAAAUUUUAUCCACAAUACUAUCAUAAGACAGAUAAAGAUGGUCGUCCAGUCUAUUUUGAAGAAUUAGGUGCUGUCAAUUUAACUGAAAUGCAUAAAAUUACCACUGAAGAACGUAUGUUAAAAAAUUUAGUUUGGGAGUAUGAAUCCGUUUGUAAAUAUAGAUUACCCGCUUGUUCUAGAGCAGCAGGUGUCUUAGUCGAAACUUCAUGUACCGUAAUGGAUUUAAAGGGUAUCUCUAUCUCAAGUGCUUAUAGUGUGUUGUCCUAUGUUAGAGAAGCUUCUUACAUUAGUCAAAAUUAUUAUCCAGAACGUAUGGGUAAAUUUUAUUUAAUUAAUGCGCCAUUCGGUUUCUCUACUGCAUUUAGAUUAUUCAAGCCUUUCUUAGAUCCUGUUACAGUUUCAAAGAUCUUCAUUCUAAGCUCUUCAUACCAAAAGGAAUUAUUGAAACAAAUUCCUGCAGAAAAUUUACCAACCAAAUUUGGUGGUAAAUCAGAAGUCGAUGAAGCCACCGGUGGUUUAUACUUAUCUGAUAUUGGUCCAUGGAGAGAUGCAAAAUUCAUUGGUCCAGAAGGUGAAGCUCCUCAAGCAUUUUCUUUGAACUGA